AGAUGCAUUCUCAAUUCCUGCUUGUUAUAUGUGUUGUGAAUCACACUUUCAGUAAGCAAGGGUAUAUACAAAUAUACAGUUAUAUAAUACGUUUGUAAAAUAUUUUACAGCAGAAGAUGAAUGAAAGCAAAUUGAAAGUAUCGCUAAUGGCAAAUUUUAACAACAUACAUCAACUUUGACGUCAAAAAGUAAACCAGUGUUAAACAGAUAGCUAGUUGCAUUGUUGAGGGGCUGGGACCUAAAUCCUUUCCCACACAUGUAACAUCUGAAAUAAAAGCCCCUAUAAAUAUAAUUCAGUUUGAGGAAAUAGAAAGGUGAACAAAAUAGCUAAACGCAGAGCACCCAGCAGAGUAAGGAAAGAGGACUUGACAGCAAUUCUUGAAAUGUCCAGUAGGUGGCACAGGUAGGACUGUCAAUCUUUUAUCUGCCCAGUAAGGGUUCAGAGAAAAAUCGGCAGCUGGAGGUCCACAUAGACAUAUGUCUAUGGAGGUCCCUGCCAAAAUAACCAGAAGCCAAUCACUCGCAUGUUUGAGGGGAAGAAGUUUCUUCCUCCUCCAUAAUAAAAGCACUAAUGUUAUAUUUGCUGAAUAGCGGAAGCAAACGGUAAACUGAGCGUGUUUUAAAAUAAAACCAAGCUUUUGGAUGUCGUCUUUUGGUUUACUUCACUUCCUUUUAUGAAAUCAUUGGGGAUUGUCAUAUGACUGGCAUAACAGCUUUAACCUCUUAAACUCUGGUGCAUUUUUGGGAUGCCGCCUGCAAUUUUUCACACUCAAAUAUAAAAGCUCACCAUUCACACAUACUGUGGACUAAUUGCAAAAAAAAUUGGUCUAAUUUUUAAGAGAACCGCCAAAUAAAAAAAAGACUCCAAUUAUUCAUAAAUGUUAUUGUAUGCGUUUAUAAUCUUAUGAUGAUAAGAAUAUUUUUUGGAAGAAUUUUUUUUAAUUUUUUUUAUUUUAAUUUUUUUUUUGUCCUAAAUUUGUAACAACAAAUGUAAUUCUGGUCCUGUUCAUUCAAUCUCACUUUGAAAAAUCUUAUUUUAUUCCAUUUGGUGGCAGAAAGCAUUAGAAUUUUUUUUCUCUCUAUCAUAUUCCAUGUACAGAUCUGAAAUGUAGGUUGCGCUCUAACGCGUGUUAGCCCUGAAAUAUGUGCUCGUCCAUAGACAUUCAGUCUAAUUUUCAGUUCAAGCACCACCCUUGUUGUUUCAUUGAAUAUCUUAGCCUAUGAGUGGACUAAAAGCUCAUUCUAGAAGUCAUUUGAAAGCUGAGAUCCUCCCCUUUGCGAUGAUAUAAAAUGUUUUAUCAUCAGUAGUCAAAAACAUAUUUUCUGAUGAUUUGUUCUGGACAACUAAGAUAUAACAUUAGAUUAUUCAGCCAAGCAAGCUCACAGACAUGUAAACAAUGGCAAUUUUUUUUUUUUUAGAGAACUUCCUAAGGUAAAAGCAGAUAUAAAGUUUUUAGGUAUUUGAAGCUUACUGCAGCAGUUAUCGGAGCCUAAAUGAGACGUUUAUAUUUGAUGACUUACAGAAAUCAUAUUUGACUUUGUGAUUCUUUUGAAAAUCUUUCGAACUGUGGUAUUAGGGCAACACAGUUUACUGUAAAGUCUCAUUCCUGAGAGUGAGAGUUUUCAUUUGAUAUAAAGUUCAGAUUCUAAGCUUUCCAAUGAUACCUCAUAUGCCUGACCUAUGUAUACAGAGACAUUAACAUUUUAAGCGUAAACUUUUUUCGCAAUAUAGCACCCUCCAUAGAGUUUAAGGGGUUAAUUGAGGGCUAUAGUUUAACGCCACCGAUUCAAAAUGCAGUUAUGGAAUGUGUUGACAACAUUUCUAAAUGUAUUUUGAAUGAUUUUUUUUUUCUUUGUUUUUUAGCCCAUCACCUUGUUGACAGUUCUUAGCUACCCGCUAUUAAACUUAUAAAUUCAUUGUUUCAUUGCAUAUGUGUCAUUAAUUAAGCAGAUCUUGGUUGAGUUAAAUGUCAUCAUGCAUGCCAUUAACAGCUUAGUUUUGGUGAAUAAUGUGAUUACCCAAAUUUGUUUUUAAGUUGCUGUAGUGUACUGUUUCAAUCUUAAUUGUGGUGUAAUUUAAGGUUAGAUGAAACUACAGAAACACAGUGAAGAUGCUUUCUGGAUGCAUAGUUAAUGAUGUUGUCAAAUAAUAUAUGCGGAUGCCACUCAUUUGUGUAGUUUUCAAUACAACUAAAAUGCACAAAUAUGUUCUUCUGUUUUCAAUUUCUGGUCUCCAGUGUUUUCACUCGUAUAGGAUUAUAUUCUUAGCGGGUAAUGUAAUGUUUAAGGUAUUACAUUUGUAAAAAUUGUCAAUUUUUGUAUUUUUUUUUUUAUAUAGACAGUGCCUCACCUGAGUGUGUAGAUGACAUUAAGCGAUGGUCAGAGAUAAGUAACGUUGAUAUAAUUAAUUAUUGUUAUGAGUUGUUAUGACAGCCAACAAUGGCACAAGUUGAAACUGGAAUUCAUUUUUACACCAUGUAACAUUUAAAUGGUUGUUGUUCUUCUCUGAAUCACUCGUUUUGGCAGUUUUUACUUGCCGCCUCAAGAACAGAAAUACAAAACAGGCAACUAGAAUCAUCAUGGCGACGCCCAGUGGUUGAUCAGGAAAACUGUGGAUACUAGAAUAAAAAUUAACAUUAAACACACCAAUAAUUUACCAGACCUCCCUACAAAGCCAAAUGAUAGACUAAUACUUAAGUAUUUACACUGGAUUAUAAAACAGUCUUCAUUUUUCCUGAAUCUGAGCAUAGUUGAGCCAACACCGUCUUUUGACAACACAGAUAUAGACCCGUUGUUUUGUUAUUUUGGUUAUAACUUAAAAUUGACAAAAUAGUACUGCUUUUGCCUUUUGGAGGCAGUAAAAUUAAGCAUAAGUAUACAGUGAACUAAACCUAAAUCAAAAACAGUUAUCAAAAACAAUUUAAUGACAUUUGUCUUUCAUCACCAUUGCAUGUCUUUCUCGUGCCAUAACAUAUUAAUAUAGGGCAUAAAUGCUUCUAUGUCGUUUAUAGCAUACAAAAUAGGAAUAGCCUACUAUACCUGUUUUCUAAAUGACUGAUGACAGCAUUAUGUUGUCCAUAGACAUUUAUUGAACCUUAUAAUAUUUUACUGCUAAAUGCGAACAUUUCAAUUUCAGUUUCAUAUUGUGUAGCGCAGUUGUAAUUUCAAAUUAUGCCAUUCAGAAUACAAGACUUGUAAUAAUAAUGACAAUGCACAACAAUAUUAAGUCAAAUCUUUAUACAUACGAUAGGAUAAAUUAUUAUUAUUUCUUUUUUUUAUUAUUAUUAAACGAACUUGACCGCUAACACACAAUCGUCUGUUUACCUUUGUCAUUUGUUUCUCUUUGAGUUUAGUUAUUGGCUGCUAUCUCUGUUUGGAUGCUAAUGAUUGGCAGCUGCCAGCAGCAGGUUCCUCCUACUCUUCCGACAGACAUUGGAAGGCACUUCCUGCUGUCAGCUGCCGUUUUUUUCGCUGAACCCCCUCUCCAUGAAAUUCCGUGUGAAGAACGAGCUUCUGGGAAAACAAAAUAUGCUCUCUGAUAUCUAUUGGUUUCUAAUUUGAUGUGUAAAUUUGCUGAAAAAAGUUUAAUAAUUGCUGUGUGUUUAAACAAUGCGUGCUUGUUCCACUUAUAAGUGCAAGAAACGCUCAGAUAGAGAGUAUAAAGAGGCAUACAACAGGGGUGAGUUUUCUUUUCACAAAUUUCCAUUAGCUGAUGGCUUGAGAGUGAGAGAGUGGCUCCGUCGGAUGAGAUGGCAGAACUGGUGGCCAACUGGAAACUCGGUCCUGUGCUCAGAUCAUUUUGAGAAGGACUGCUUUGAACAAAUGGGAAGUCACAAGCGGUUGCGGAAGAACGCCGUCCCAACUAUCUUUAAUUUUCCUAAACAUCUCCAGUCAAAGGGACCUGCUGUCAAGAGACGAUCUUUGAAUCGUAAGCCAAUAGAAGUCCCUAUCAAACCAAAGCCAACACCAGUGCCAAAGCCAGCUUUACCACGUCUUGAAGGGAACUUUGUUCGUGUGACUCUGGAUUCUGAUGGUUCCAGCCGUGGCCCCUUUCAUGCUGGCAGCUUUCAUGAUGAUUACUGCAAACCGCAGAGCAUUCACUGGAUGAAGCUGGCGGAGGGCGAUGAUGAGGAUGAUGACACCAGUGUAGACCUUAAUAGUCUUUCAGAUCCUGGAAAUGAUGUCACCAGUGAUGAUGCACCCGUUGAAAAUUCCAGUGCUCAGUUUAUCAGGGUGACUAAGAGAUGGCAGUGGCUGAGUAUAGAUGUUACAGGGCCAUUUCAAGAAAGCAAAGGCCCCUAUAGCCACGUAGUGGUCAUCUGUGACUAUUACACCAAAUGGAUUGAAAUCUUUCCAUCAGAAAAGCCUAAUUCUGAUUCCAUUGCCCUGCUCAUGUGUGAUGCCAUUUCCCGGUAUGGUUUUCCUUUAGGAUUUCUCACACCGUGGGGUGCCAGAGGGAUUCAGGUCAGAACAGUUAACAGAGCGCUCAGUAAUAUUCUGAAGAUUAAAGACAUUUCCCUGGUCUCUCGGCAUCACCAGGCUUCACAGAUUGAGCCUCACACACAAUACCACAUUUUCAACAUGGUGGAAAAUCUAGUCAAGAAGUAUCCAGAAAGUUGGCAUUCUCAUUUACCUGUAAGUGUGCUGCGCUUCAACUGCAGUGUGCACCAAGAGACCAAACACAGACCUCUGUCCCUCCAUCACUGUGAGGGAAUAAAACCUUCUUCAACACCCAGAGAUCAGCCGCUCAGUGAAGAUGACCUCGCAAAGUACACUUUCAAAAUCGAGAAACCAAACCCUUUAAAAGGAAUUCAGGCACUAAAAAGAUUAUUCCGAGAAUCGGCGGACUGCAUUGUUGUAUCGUAAAGCUGAAAAACUGUGUGCCGGAGGACUGUAACUGGUGCUUUCUUUAAACUAAAGGGACAAAUGAGGAACAAGCUCAGUACAGAACACAAACUCAAAAUGAUGGACAACAGUGACCAGUUAAAGUCCAUAGAGACCUAAACUGAGGUGUUAUAUGUGAUUUUCAUAUUGAAAUGUUAUGGAGCAUGGUGAUAUAAAAUUUGCCUAUUAAUGGCUUACUUGGAUACCAUUAAAGGUAUUGAAGUGUAAUGUCAAAUAUAAAUGUAAAAUAAACCCAACUGCUGGAAGGGAGGAGGAAAAGACAUGGUUUCCUGAACAUCUGUAGUGUUUGUACACUGAUUCAGACAGGUUAAAGGGAUAGUUCACCCAAAAUAAAAAUUAUUUCAUCACUUACUCACCCUUAUGUUGUUCCAAACAUGCAUGACUUCUUUCUUACAUGGAAAAUAAAAGGAGAUCAGCUUCAGUCACUGUUCACUUUCAUUGCACCUUUUUUUUUUUUUUUUUUUUUUCCCUCUCCAUACAGUGAAAAUGAAUGGUAACCGAACAUCCUAACGUUCUGCCUGACAUCUUCCUUUGUGUCCCACGGAAGAAGAAAAAAGUCAUACAGGUUUGGAACAACAUAAAUGGCAGAAUUUUCAUUUUCAAGGCAGCUGAAUAUGAUUCCAAAAGAAUUGAAUUUUUUUUUUAAUGGGAAUAACUUACAACAAUGUUGUCAAAAUGAACUGAUGAUCCUGUUUCUGAUGAUGAUCUCUCAAAUUCUCCUGUAGUUGCAAGCAAUCCUGAAGGAUAUUGUGGGGGUCUGGAAUGGUCUGUGUGUGAUUACAUAUAGCAAAGAUCCCAGUCAAGUUUUUCAAAUAAAUCUUAACAUUAAGCUUU